GCUUCGAGCUCGACGGUGCUGUGACGAGGCUAUAAUUAAUUCGCUCUCUUUGUCAUGCGGGUCUCUGGGACAGCUGUUCACGGUUGCAUUCUGGAAUACUCUGGUCGCCACCUCAUUCACGGAGUGCACAUGAAUCUCGAUUUUCUUUGUCAAAUGCAGAACAGCUCUGGGCAUAGCUUUCGCGCCGUGGAUACAUUUGAGUUCACCGCUCCUUCAGCCGGGUAUAAAGACUUGUGUACAUUCCUUGCUCAAGUCGCCCACUAGUUCAUACGUCUAGACCUCUUCACUGGUAAAUUGGACCCAUAACUUGAUAUGUCAAAGAAAUGUCAAUUUCUGAAACCCACUUCUUGCGCCUUAACAAGGCGUUAUGAUACGAAGGCGAAGUGAGUCCUCCCAUCGCAUCUACGUCUUUUUGGAUUUGCCAGGGAGCCCGAGCCGCCCUAUCUGCCUCCGUUAUGGAUACCAUGCAAUAAUCCUGAAGGGAACCUUUAUUUUGCUUGCAACUCCAAUCCGAGAUUUAUUACGGAGCAGUAUAUGUAUACUGCUCAAUCACAGCAGCAGAUUCUGCAUUGGGCCCUAGUUUUCGCAGAAACUGUUCGCGAACAAGGAAUAGUUUUAGCACCCUCAGUAGAAGUCUAUCUGGAGCCCAACGAAGACGGAGAAUUUUGUCGGUAUUAUCUUGCAGAUCACGUUGCUCGUGUAAUCUUUUGGCUGGAACCUGUCUCCACAGAAGAAGUGGGUCUUCAACCAGCCAUUUCCGAUGAGCACCUCAGGCACGCCCUCGAAGAGCUUUACUGGAACCACGUAGAAUAUUUCCCUUCUCAUGAAACAAUCGGGCUUGACUUACGACUGGACGAGCUUUCUGGUGUUCUUGUUCAAUGUCUGGCAGACCGUUUGACCUCAGAAACGUCCACGUUUCCAUUCACGGAGCAACAAUGUAACAGUUUCAUCCAGGUAGUGCGGAAUUGUCGAGAAAUAGGCACUGCUGCCCCUGCGCGCACUCGCUGGAGUAUAGCGCGUCUCUGGGCUAUAGUUUGCAACCAUCGAUUUAUGACACACUAUGCUCAAGAGCAUGCUCGGCUAUCCCGGGACCAGUCGAUCCUGGACAUCUCACCAGUAUAUCCAAGCCGGUUGUUUUCAUUGAGCUCGCACGUUCUGUUCAAGAUUCCAGAGAUGUACAACGUCUCAUUUGAAAACCUCUGGGCUGAUUCCGUCGUUUACCAAAAUGAGUGGCGUGAAUUCAUCCCCAGAUGUCGGGAAGAAUGGAUAUUAUCCACAGUGCUGUCCUUCGCCGUCUUGAUAUGCAAUCUUUUGAUUCUCACCUCUCCUCAUGGAACUUGUCUUCUCUCGGGGUUAUCCGUGGCCUUCAGUGUAGCUGCAGUUGCAGCUGGCACUAUCCUUCUCACACGGCACCAGCGUUCGUCUUCAUGGACAGCGGCUAUGGCGGCCGAUUACUUGGUUGAUGCACGAAAGGAACGCUCGGGAUUCCACCUGGUCUCAUGCCUCUUCAGUCUUCCUCGGGGCUUGCUGCUAUGGGCGCUCGCAACAUUCUCGAUCCAAGUUCCAUUCAUGUUCUCAGACAUGACAGGCAAUUUCAUACUCGCCUCUAUUGGCUCAGCGCUAUUGAUUGGUCUCAUGAUUUGGCUUGGGCGUUGGUUGUGGAGACGCUGCUCGAGCUUUCUCCAAGGUUGGACGAUCUUCGGUUUGCGUUCUGUCACGCUAGAAGAUAGUCUCCUUGUAUAGAACAUAAUACGAAGGAGCGAGCGCCAUGCACCACUACCGCGUUAUC